AUGUCCUACAGCGAAUUUGACACCCCGUGGGUUGAGGAUCCCUUGGAAUCCGCAGAGAAUGCUCUCUGUGACGGUCACGGUACCAGACUCUACGAGAACGAACUUGGCGACCUCCUGUUUGCAACCAUUCGCUACAAUGACCUCCCCAGACUAAAACAAUAUCUUUCUGUCUAUUCCCCGCGUUUGGAUGUUGAAGACAAAGUGUUUAAUGACCCGCUCUGUAUCGUCGCGUCCCAGGGACGUACGGAAGUUCUCCGCGUUCUCAUAGACUACUACAAAACCAACUUGACACAGGUGCCUCUCUAUGAGCGAAAGUGUUCAUUAUUGACUGCGGCAUGUGGAGAGGCACAGAUUGAGACCGCUCGAUUCAUUCUGGACAGCCAGCCGCCCCUCAAUUCAGCCCACAUUAAACAAGAGUAUCGUGAUGAAGCGCUGCUGGCAACUGCCAGAUCUUUGGGUUCUUUGCCAUCCUCUGGUCACGCAAAUGAGACACCUGAAGAUUGUUAUCAUUUGUUAAGCAACCGUGUUGCUCGUGGGGAAGAAUUAAUGCGUCUGCUCCUCGAUGGCGGUGCGUCUGCUCAAGCGACUGAAUCACCUGAAGAUAGUAGCCAACCAAUGCAAUCCUUUGGAACGGUUCUCGGUCUAGCCUCCUCGCGAGCUGACCCCGCGCUGGUAAAGCGACUUAUUGAGCAAGGGGCCGACGUACACGCGAGGCAAGAGUACGAUCUCCACCGUUCAUCCACACUCUGGGACGUGAAACCCCCAUCUGGCGUAACUGCACUUCACAUCAGCAGUUUGUAUUGGAAUGCAGCGGCCUUACGGACGCUUCUCGACCACGGUGGAAGAACUGUCACUGAAGCACUAUCAUGCCGCGACAGUAAUGGGCGUCUACCUUUUCACUGGGCAGCUGCGGGCCCGGGCUCAAGCGAAUGUUGGCUACCCGAUGUGAAAAUUAACAAUCGGAUUAUCGACACCCUCAAGAUACUCUGCUCCGGUAGCGAUAUAAAUGCUCGGGAUAAUGGGGGCGAGACUCCUUUACACCAUGCCUUAAGCGGCCAUGCCCGCUGUGGUCAAAGCAUGCACUUGGAUAAUAUGCUGAAGUUCUUCCUGGAAAACGAGGCGCACGCAGGCUUAGUCGACGACAAUAAUCGGACCGUGCUACAUAAGAUGGCUAUCCACUGUCUGGAUGGUGAUCCCAUCAACACCUCUGUAUUGGAAAUGCUUAUUUCACACGGUGCCGAAAUUAACCAACAAGACGUAAACGGGAAUACGGCAUUGCACCUCAUGGCUAGGAAUUUAUGCCAAGCCAAGGCAGUCCAGUUUCUAAUUGUUCAGGGCGCAGAUGUGUCUCUCGUCAAUUCAAGAGGGAAUACAGCCCUGCAUGAAUGCUUAUCAAUGGGGAAGAUCCUGCAAAAGCAGACCGCGAACGGAAGUAUUGUUCCCACGGUCGCCGAUCAGAGAAACGCGCUGGAUGAAAUGAGUAAUAUUUUGUUGCAUAUCGGGGGCGAUGCUAUGAUGGAUCAGACCAAUCUAGCGGGGGAGACGCCGCGACAGCUGCUGUCUAAGAAACUAGCCUACUGGCAGAAACGGGAGUUACGUGAAGCCACGAGACACAAUUAG